GACAGAGGAGCAAAGAGUGGCAUCGCCUAUACUCCCAAGAACUCCCAUAGACUUAUUCAGUGUCUGAAUCUCUGCACACAGCAUGGAGGACGGUUAUCGAAACAAUCCGAACCUCUACCGGGGGGCGAGGGAUAUAGCGUGGGAAGCAUCCAGACAGUCCCGGAACCAAGGGGUGGAUGACUAUGGGUAUGAGGCGAACUACGGGGGCCAUGCCCCCAGUGAUGGCUACUAUCGUGGUGGAGAGUCCAACCCAGACGAGGAUGCGCAGAGCGACGUUACGGAAGGCCACGAUGAGGAGGAUGAGGUCUACGAGGGCGAGUACCAGGGCAUCCCUCACCCUGACGACGUCACGGCCAAGCAGGCCAAGAUGGCACCCUCCAGGGCUGAUGGUUUUCACGGGCGAGCGGACAUGAUGGCAGAGAGGAUGGAGGAUGAGGAGCAGUUGGCUCACCAGUAUGAAACCAUCAUGGAGGAGUGUGGCCAUGGGCGCUUCCAGUGGAUUCUCUUUUUCGUCCUGGGUCUGGCCUUAAUGGCAGACGGAGUGGAGGUGUUUGUGGUGAGCUUUGCCCUGCCCAGUGCCGAGAAGGACAUGUGUCUGUCGAGUGCCAAGAAAGGAAUGCUCGGGCUGAUCGUGUAUCUGGGGAUGAUGGCGGGGGCCUUCGUCCUGGGUGGCCUGGCUGACAAGCUGGGCAGAAAGCGCGUCCUCAGCACGUCAUUGGCCAUCAAUGCCUCGUUUGCCUCCCUCUCCUCCUUCGUGCAGGGCUACGGCGCCUUCGUCUUCUGCCGCCUCAUCUCAGGCAUAGGUAUUGGCGGUGCUCUGCCCAUUGUGUUUGCCUAUUUUUCUGAGUUCCUGUCCCGAGAGAAGCGAGGGGAGCACCUCAGUUGGUUGGGCAUCUUCUGGAUGACCGGGGGCAUCUAUGCGUCAGUCAUGGCCUGGACCAUUAUCCCGCACUAUGGCUGGGGUUUCAGCAUGGGCACCGCCUACCACUACCACAGCUGGAGGCUGUUUGUCAUCGUCUGCGCCCUGCCCUGCACCGUGUCCCUGGUGACCCUGAAGUUCAUGCCUGAGAGCCCGCGGUUUCUGCUCGAGAUGGGCAAACAUGAUGAAGCCUGGAUGAUUCUCAAGCGUGUCCAUGACACUAAUAUGAGGGCCAAGGGCACCCCGGAGAAGGUCUUCACGGUUUCCAACAUCAAGACCCCCAAGCAGAUGGAUGAAUUCAUCGAGAUCCAGAGUGCCACGGGAACUUGGUACCAGCGCUGGCUGGUCAGGUUCACUACCACAUUCAAGCAGGUCUUGGACAAUGCGCUGUACUGUGUGCUGGGGCCCUUCCGGACAAACACACUGAUGCUGGCUGUCGUCUGGUUCGCCAUGGCCUUGAGUUACUACGGGCUGACGGUUUGGUUCCCUGACAUGAUCCGGUAUUUCCAAGAUGAAGAAUAUAAGUCGAAGAUGAAGUUGUUUUUCGGGGAGCAUGUCCACGGCGCCACCAUCAACUUCACGAUGGAAAACCAGAUUCACCAGCACGGGAAAUUUGUGAAUGACAAAUUCAUAAGGAUGUACUUGAAACACGUGCUCUUCGAGAACACUUUCUUUAAUGAGUGCUUCUUUGAAGAUGUGACAUCUACUGAUACUUACUUCAAAAACUGCACCAUCGAGUCAUCAGUAUUUUAUAAUACAGACCUCUACGAGCAUAAAUUCAUCAACUGCCGCUUUGUCAACUCCACGUUCCUGAAACAGAAGGAGGGGUGCCACAUGGCCUUGGAGGAGGACAAUGACUUUCUCAUUUACCUCGUCAGCUUCCUGGGCAGUCUCUCUGUCCUGCCUGGGAACAUCAUUUCCGCUCUGCUCAUGGACAGAAUUGGGAGGCUCAAGAUGAUUGGGGGCUCCAUGCUCAUCUCGGCGGUGUGCUGCUUCUUCCUGUUCUUUGGCAACAGUGAGUCGGCGAUGAUUGGCUGGCAAUGCCUGUUCUGUGGCACUAGCAUUGCUGCCUGGAAUGCGCUGGAUGUGAUCACAGUGGAGCUUUACCCCACCAACCAGAGGGCCACCGCCUUUGGCAUCCUCAACGGAAUAUGCAAGUUUGGCGCCAUCCUGGGGAACACCAUCUUCGCUUCAUUUGUUGGGAUCACCAAGGUGAUCCCCAUCCUUCUGGCUGCUGCAUCCCUCGUGGGUGGCGGCCUCAUUGCUCUUCGGCUACCGGAGACUAGAGAACAGGUCCUGAUGUGAGGGGAAGAAGAACCGUUUCUGGGAGCUUCCAAGGCACCCACGCUUUCUGUCCUUACCCCUGGACAGCUCAAAUCAGUUGCUUUUGUGACCCCCUCAUUCAGGGCUGUCGGUGUGUCUGACUCAGGUGAUGGAUUUGGGGCUACUCAGCCCCCUUUGCACUCCCUGAUCUCUUAACUUCAGGUAACACAACCACAGGCUGUGUUUAAAUUAUA